AUGUUAGCGCCAUCAGAGCAGACGAAGAAGAAACGACCGCUCUCCCCCCGGGCCGACAAAGAAGACACCACAACGGCCAUUCCAGAGAGGGAGGAGCUAGCAGCCAGCAGCGCCGCGGCCACCGAGAGCAAUGAUGGGCCGAUCUUCGUCUCCGCGCCGGUCCAUGAUCGCCAGUCCACGUUCGUGGCGCACUUCCACCCCUCGCCGUCUGUGUUCGCGAAGCGGCAAUCCGCGACUGGACCUGGGUCGAAGCCGCUCUCGUUGACAGCGAUCGUCAAACGGCUUCAAUCACACGCGUCGUUCGCGUCUGCGAACCACCGCAUUGUCGCGUGGCGGCGCCGAUCCAGCCAGCAAACGCUCUUCACUGCCACACCAUCAUCACCGUCACUGUCAUCUACUCAUUCUUCUAGCGCUCUUCUUGCCUCGGCGGGUGCCGGGGCAGGAGGACAAGGAAAAGCCGUCAUCUAUGCGACAGGCUCGGAGGACGACGGCGAGAAAUACGCCGGCAAGCGCCUCGAGCGGCUCCUGGCCGAUCUGGACGUCGAGGGCGUCGUCGUCGUCGCGCGCUGGUAUGGCGGCGUGUUACUCGGGCCUGUGAGGUUCACGCACAUCGAGGACGUAGCCCAUGAGGCGAUUCGGGCGUGGAAAGUGAGCAUUACUGACAGCUUGUUUUCGGACGGAGGACUGUCCAAGAGGCAGAGACUUCUAGGUUCCGACAGUGGAGGAGGAGCGGGCGAUGUUGCGACGAGAAGAAAUAAUGAUGAAGAUGCCAUCAGAUCACGUCUCGCGGAGCAGCUUGCCGAGCGGGAUCAAAGCAUCGUCGUACUGAGAGGGCUGUUGGCCGACAAGACCAAGGCCGCGUCCACGACAGUGGACGAGCCGCAGCCACAAUCACAGCCGGCUCAACAGCAAUCUUUGACGACGUCGACUUCGCCGGCCAAGAAGAUCGAUUACAGCGAGAUGCCGCUGGCGAGGCUGAAACAGCUGGAAAGGGCACGAGACGCCACGAUUGCCUUUAUCUUGAGGCAGUUGGACAAAGUCGAGGAAGAGGAGAAGGCAAAGGAGAAGGACAGCCAGAAGCAAGGAAGAGACGUCCCCAGUGCCGAUAUAGAGACUGUGACACGAAGGCAGGGUGAGCAGGGCGUUGAGGGUGUCGACGAGGACCGAAGCGCAUGA